UGAACGAUGAGUGGAAAAGGCGAUGCCGCGGCCAAGAAGGCCAAGUCGUCGAAGCGCAACUCGCUCAAGGGCGGGAACCGCAAGUUUGUCACGAGUGCGGAGGAACUUGAAGCGCGAAAUGUUGUGGAGGAAGUGCGGCAAGAGAAGCGCCGUGUCCGACGAGAUGAUGGCGAUUCGGGAGACGACGAUGAGGACGACGACGACGAUGGCGUUAUGUUUGACCGUGCCGUGGAAGAAAAGGAAGAAGAGCUUGAAGAAAAGAGAGUGUCAAAGCCUAAAGGCGUUGCCGGUAUCAUCCAGGUGCAGAACCCCAACUUUGCACCUGCCUCCAACAAGGCCAUCAAGGCCAAGGAUAUCGACCCAAAUGCUGAAGCACAACCGCUGACCCGACGAGAACGUGAAACGCUUGAGAAGGAAGCAAAGGCUGCCAACUAUAUGAAGCGCCACUUGGCUGGCCAAACCGACGAGGCUAAGCGCGACAUUCGCCGAUUGGAAGAAGUCAAGAAGCGUCGCGAAGAGGCCGCCCUUCGCAAAAAGCAAGAAGAAGAAGCUGCUGCAGAACUGGCGAAGAAGGCCGCUAAGAUGACGGUGAAGGGCGGCGACGAAGAGGCUUUGGAUGCGCGUGCCAUCAAGGCCCUCAAACCGAACGUGCUCAAGGACUACCUUAAAGAGCGGGGCUUGUCGAUCCAAGGCCAGAAAGCCGAUCUCAUCCAACGCCUCAUCGACUACGAGAAUGAAAAGUCGUUGUAACGUUAUCCAAGCGCAUCUUCCUGGCGCAUCCAGGUCACUCUUAGCUCGACCUGUCAUCGAGGCCAGUGCUGUAUGGAAGCGUGGCAAUUUGUUUGCA